GUCUGCAGCAUGGCGAGAUCGGGUGUGGAGCAUGGGGCAGAGAGACUUGCGGUGGAGGAGCUUGCGGUGGGUGAGCCAUUUACGGUGGCGACGCUUGCGACUGGCGCCGGGUGCUCCGAGGAGGAUGCGGCUGCUGCGGCGGCGGCAUGGCUCGCGGCCGGGACGGUGCGCAAGGCGGUGUGGCCGACAGAGGGCGACAGAGGUGAGACGGGCACGAUCGAGGUGUGGUGGCGGACGGCAGAGGCGACAGGGCCUGUGCUGGGCGGCGGACUUGCCUCGCCCGCAAGGAGCGGGGGCGGCGGCCAGGGCGGCAGAGUCGGCAAAGCCAAGUCGCCGUCGUCGCCGCAGAGCGCGACGACGACGCUUCGGCGGCGGCGGAUGAGGCUGCUGCGGCCGGGCGGGGCUGGGCGCGGGCGUGGACGGCGACAGGCGACCAAGCGCGGCAAGGGCUUGAACGGAAAGCGGAUUGGGCGUGGGAGCGGUGGCCCGCGGCCGAUGUCAGACGUAAUGCUGGUGCGCGAGGCGCGGAAAAAGGUGCAAGCAGCGAGUAAGGCGCUGUCGCGGGUCAGGGUCCUCGGCUCGAUUCAGGACUCUGGCGAGAUCGAGCGGCUGGAGGCGCUCUUCAUGAAGUGGAAGGAGGUGGCGGUCGAGGCGCUGGAGUCGCUUGUGUCGCGGUCGCGCGCAGCCGGCGACGCCACCUCCAAGCUCAGCAUGGAGCAGGUGCUCGCUGGGCUCGGCAUUCCGGCAUCGCUCAUUGCGUGGGAUGCCGACGCCGAGGAGUUUGUGUGAGUGAGGCUCGCGUACACUCUGCAAGGCCAUCAGAACAUGAGAGCCGACGAGUACCAGGUAAAGUCCGAGUCGUCGA